UACGAUUCGGAUUCUUUGCUGGGUGUUCCGCUUCGCCAUUUUUCCAGAUAUUUAUCAAAGAAAACAACAAGUUUAAGAUAAGAAAACAUUAUGUACAUUCAUUCUGGUGGUUGUUGUGUGGUUUGGUGUUAAAAUGUGCUUGGCCCCAACGAACAAGACUCGUUGUUGCGUCCACCGUCAGUAGGUCGAGUCCGCGUUCACCACCAACAUGCCGCUGCCGAAGCGGGUGAUCGAGCCGGUGCACGUGACGCGCGGCACCCUACCCGACGACUAUCCGCUGCCCUCGGAGCUGGAGGGCGUAACUAAUGGCACCUUGGCGAACACGGUGCGUCAGCUCAGCUCGCUUAGCCGCCACGCCGAGGAUCUUUUUGGGGAGUUGGCCCGUGACGCUCAACAGCUCUAUGACCGAUCGAACAGUCUGCAGGCCCGGAUUGAUCGGUUGGCGAUCAAAGUCACUCAACUGGACAGCACCGUCGAAGAAGUCUCGCUACAGGACAUCCACAUGCGGAAGGCGUUCAAGAGCUCAACAGUUUUCGAUCAGCACAUUUUUGCCCGUGCGACGAUGCCAACGGCGAUGCUGGAAACGUACAACUCGUGCGACAAGCCGCCGCCUCUGGAUAAGCUGAACGGCUACAGAGACGACGGCAAAGACGGCCUGAAAUUCUAUACAGAUCCGAAUUACUUCUUCGAAUUGUGGCGUCAGGAGAUGCUCAACGACACCGAACGCAUGAUGCACGACCGGGGCAAGAAGCCACACAGGCCACGCGCCGACGGUGGUCAGGGCAACAGGCACAAAAAGCGGGUGCGACAGCCACACAACACGCGCGAACGUCAGAAACAGAUCGCGAUGGGUCAUGGCGAAACAAUCAUGAAUCCGAACACCAUUUACAGAACUCCGCAACAGAUUCAGUUGCAACAGACCGACGAAAUGAUGAUGGAACAACAACGUCCUCCGCGGCCGAAUUCCAUCGAAAUCCGCCGUUCGUAUCAGCAGGAGAUGCCGGACGGUAUGCCGUCGCCUGCUGCCUAUCCUCCGUACGAGGAAAAUCCUUACCAGCACGGAAUGUACGGCCAGGGUCCCCUCAGUUCGGAGUCUUUGAAUAUGGCCGGUGGUACGCCCACCAGGGGUAAGGCCCGCCCAAGUCAACCGCCACCAGCGCCGCCUAGCAAUACCAGCACGCCCAGUGCCAAUACGCCAACAAGAGGUCGCAGUAUGUCCACGGGUAGAGACAACUUGCCGCCGCCCCCUCCGCCACCCGAGGCGUCAAUGUCGCCGCCCAACGGCAUUCCUUCCCACGUGGUACGCCAAUCUAGCGUACACUCCCGUUCGAGCAGCCCGCAGCACAUCAUUCACCCGAUGGCGCCGGAACCACCUCUGCCUCCCUCCAUCAUUGCGCCUCAGGACCUGCCACCUCCUCCUCCGGCGCCAGUCAAGCAAGCGUCGCCGCCCAAGCAGCCUCCGACGCCAGCAGCUCCGCCGCCACCGCCUCCGCCCCCCAUGCCUAUGAACGGAGGGGUGAUACCGCCAGCGAGUCCGCCGGCACCGUUGAUGAACGGAAACUUAGCCAACAUACUAACGUCGACACCUCCCAAAUUAACGCCCGUCAAAGACAGGCCUAUUGCCAAACAAGGCCCUCCGCUGGCUGACCCUAGAAACGAUUUGCUUAAAGCUAUCAGGGAUGGCAUCAAAUUACGAAAAGUCGAAAAAACGGAGCGUAAGGAAGUGGAGCAAGGCAAUGGAUUACACGAUGUCGCCUCGAUAUUGGCGCGGCGCGUCGCCGUCGAACUUAGUGACACCGAUUCGGGCAGCGAGUCUGAAGACAGCGAGGGUUGGGGCGAGAACGAGACAUCGGCGUGACAUCGACGCAAGGCUAGCACCGCUAGCCAGGUCUACUGAGCGUCAGAUUCGUGGAGAAUUUAAGGAGUCGGAAAAGAUGGUCACAACGAAAUGAGUGCUCCGCACGUGUGUGAUGUACAAAGUCCGGUUGAAUGUUCUGUUUUUUUUUCUUUGGUUUACCGUCGUUUGGUCUUGUGGAGCGUGUACAGAUGUUAGGUUCGUUUCGAGUAUAUCUCUGUGGAGUGAUCAGUUUGAACAGUUUGUUUCUUAUUAAUGUUGAAUAGUUACGUUGCUUUAAAAUUAUUAGUUAAUAAACUAUUAAAAUAUGUCAA